CGCAUUAUCACUUCGGACCCGCUGUGAUGACACAAGACCUCGCUUGGGCCCAUGUGGGUGCUUUGUAUAAAAUAUUCAUGCGAUUAUAUAUAGACCAGUAACGGUGCAGUGAAGUGUAAAUUGGAAACCAUGCGUGUACUUUUGUGUUGUCUGUUAUUUAUUUAUAAUGUGUUCGCGCUCGAUUUCAUUAACUUCCCGACGCUAGAGGAGUUCCUGAAGGAGCCAAUCGUCAAUGAUGACAGGAUUGUGGGCGGGCAGGAGGCCGAUAUCAUCAAUCAUCCCUACCAGGUGUCGUUUAUCGUCAACCAGAGCUACUUCUGCGGAGGGUUUAUCGUCAGUAAACACUGGAUCGUGACAGCUGCGCAUUGUGCUCAAAAUGUGGACCCCUCAACAGUAGUUCUCAGGGCUGGCAGUUCUUGGAGGCAGAACGGUACCUUAAUACCUAUUGCGGAAGUAAUUCCUCACCCGGAGUACGACGACCCUGCCUUCGACAAGGAUGUGGCGGUGAUGAGAACAGAGUCGCCUAUAGAGUUCACGGACACCAUCCAGCCGAUAGACCUUCCACCCCUAGGCCGGCAUAUGAAGGCUAGGUCUGAAUUCGUGGUCAGCGGUUGGGGCAGGACCAAGCAAGGUGCGAGUUCGAUUCCUGACCGACUGAUGUCGGUUCAGAUUCCGGUCGUGUCAUAUCCAGAAUGCUUUCUAUCGUAUUUCUCCGUGCUGACCAGGAACAUGUGGUGCGGAGGGAAUUUCAUCAUGGGUGGCCAGGGGACGUGCCAGGGUGAUUCGGGCGGAACCGCGGUACAAGACGGUGUGGCUUGCGGUAUAGUGUCGUUCGGUCGGGGUUGCGGCCAGUCGUUUAACCCCAGUGUGUUUGCCGAUAUCGCUUCGAAACCUAUAAGAAAUUUUAUUAACGAGCACACUGAUUUGUAACUUUAUGUGGAGGAUGUAAAUGCCAUUUUUGAUUGUCCUUUAAGAAUAAAUUAAGCUGGUGAAUGUUUUAAACUAUUUUUUGUCAUGUUAAUUCAUAAGAAUUAAAGCAAGUUCUUAUUCUGUGGGUACUCGUGUAAUACCACAUUAAAGGACAAAUUUUUUAUCACAAUAUUAUGGUUAAUAAUGAUUUAGACUGUUUAUUGAGAUGCUAAAUGUUGGUGUUGUUUGCUAGAUUUAAUAAGGACUGUUUGUGUAAAAUAUUUAAAUUAUAAAUAGCGAAUAAAGAUUUUCCAUUAA